CAUACAUACAUACAUACAUACAUAUAUAUAUAUACAUAUAUAUAUACCAUGAGUCAAGAAUUAGCAAAUUUAACUUCUGCACCAACCUCAUUUACAUCUAAUGCAACCUCUACUCCAAUAAUUAACCAUGCCAUUACUUGUUUGAAAUGCGAAUUGCCUCUGGGCGAUCAGCUUGUUAGAGCAUUAGACGGUGCGUUUCAUCCAGAUUGUUUUACUUGUUGGGAUUGUAAUACACCAGUUGCUUCAAGAUAUUUACCUCACCCUACUGAACCAGGACGACCUUUAUGUGAAACAGACUAUUUUAAAAGACUUGGGCUUUUAUGUGCACAAUGUAAUGAGCCUUUGCGUGGAACAUAUAUAAUUGCGCUCGAUAAAAAAUAUCAUACGGAUCAUUUUACUUGUAGUGAGUGCUCUACUGUAUUUGGACCUGAAGAUUCAUAUUAUGAACAUAACUCAAACGUUUAUUGUCAUUUUCAUUAUUCAACUCAAUUUGCCGUAUCUUGUGUUGGUUGUGACAUGGCUAUUUUGAAACAAUAUGUUGAAAUUGAAAGAAAUGAUGUAGUAGAUCAUUGGCAUCCAGAAUGUUAUAUGAUUCAAAAGUUUUGGAAUGUCAAAGUAGCUCAUCCUUCUCUAAAAGACAGCGAUUCUAUAGCUACAAAAGAUUACAAGCUGCUAGAGCCAUCAGCAUUAUUUCAAGUUCAAAAAGAUAUGGAAGAAAAAGUGAUAAGUAUUUGGUCAGUUUUAUCAGCAUUUGAAGAAUCAUCUGCUGUUUGUAUAUCCGAAAUGUUACUUCAUGUUUCUAAUGGAGCAUAUAUCGAGAGCAUCUGUUUAUCAGAAAGAUUUUUAGUGCAUGUAGAGGCAUUAUUUGCUGGAAUAGACAAAAUCCAUUGUACAUAUGAAGAAUAUAAUCAAACGGAAUUUAAAUAUACAAGAGAGGCUAAAAUGCUUUGCAAGAAAAUUAUCAACUUCUUUUCUUUAUUAUCUAGAACAGGCGAUAUGGAAAUGAAAAAAUUAGGAAUUACUCAAGAAUUAUUAUCCUUAGUGACAGGUCUAGCCCAUUAUCUAAAAAUUUUAAUACGGUUAGCAUUGACAUCUGCUUUACGUCUGGAAAUUAUAGUUGGGAAGCCUGUCGUUGUUUCUCGUUUAUUAGCUAAAUUGAUGGAAAUACCUGGAAAGGAAAGGCGAAGUCGUGAUUGUCAACGUUUAAUUAAAGCAAAGAAUACGGAUUAUUGUCAAUUAUGUAAAAAUACAAUUGAAGAUCAAUGUAUACGAAGUGGAGAUUAUAGGUGGCAUAUGCAUUGUUUCAAAUGUCAACAAUGCUCUUGUUCAUUAUCUAUAAAUGAAGGUGCUAUUUUUAACUCAGCUUCUUGUACUCUUCAUUGUAUUCAAUGUUCUGGGUUAUCUGCAAAGGACGCAAUACCAUUUGAAUAUAUCACUAAAUUAACUCAAUAUAGUUUCCUUUUACGAGUUGCUUUAAGUCGACUUUGUAACUUAUUGCAAAUAACAGGUAACAGACUACUCUCUCUCUCUUUCGUUCUCUCUCUCAUUCUUUUCUUUUCUCCUAAUGAUUUAGAUGCCCAACUCUCUUCAGUAGAUUAUUCGACUAAAUUAAAACCAAGUCAACAUCUUUUAAAAGAUACAAGUACAAAUAUCCAAUUAUCACCGUCAGCAGAAAAGCAAUUGACUUUAAUACCAGAAGAUAAGUUAAAUAAUGUGGAUAUUUAUCCUACAGAAAUUAUGGAUGCUAGGAGUACCGUAUCUUCUUCUACAACUCAUUUAGAAAGAAAAAUAUCACGAUCCUUUAAAAUGGCAAAUAAACGCUCAACUAUUCUCGGUAAUGCAGAUCUGACAGCAUCACUUCGAACCCAAACACAAUCUUCUUCUAUCCCACCUGUUCGAUUAGAUAGUUUACAACGUCGUAUUGACCACCAAAAAGAUUUACCAGAUUUACCUCCAAAUCCGAAUCAUGUAACACGUCAUAAAGCAACGCGUAGUGUUGGUUUAGAUGAUUUACCACAAUUAGCAGCCGCAGCUGUAGCCUCUAAGAAACAAAUGAUAGCCCAUUUAUCUCAUUCAAUUCAUAUCCCUACUACUGCCUCAGGUCGUCCUCGUAUUUAUCUUUCAGAACUAUCAGCUUUACAAUAUAUGAUUAUUCGUUAUGUAGCCGUUGUUCAUAUUGAACAAUAUGUUAAAUCCUCCUUUUCUUCAAGUGAGCUUUUAAAUCUAAUCGAGACUAAAAAGGGAUCUAUCUGGGGCAAAUUUUUUACACCCUUUAAAAAGCAAAAGAAUCAUGUGACUAAAGCAAAAGAGGAAGGUACAUUUGGUGUCCCACUUGACAUUUUAACAGAGAGAACAGGAGUUGAAUCCAAUUUAGGUUCAGGGCAUUCUCCAAUAAAAUUAGCUGCUUUUGUAGAUGAUGCAAUUACUGCUAUGCGACAAAUGGAUAUGACAGCCGAGGGUGUCUUUAGAAAGAAUGGUAAUAUUCGACGUCUAAAAGAGCUUUCAGAUGCUUUAGAUCGAAAUCCUAAUGAAGUGGAUUUGACUCAAGAAAGUGCUAUUCAAGUAGCUGCUUUAUUAAAAAAAUUUCUUCGUGAUUUACCCGACCCAUUAUUAACUCAUAAACUUCAUCCUUUAUUUCUAUGUGCUGAAAGAAUUGAAAAUUCUUUAGAAAGAAAAAGAGCUUUACAUCUUGUAUGUUGCAUAUUACCUAGAUGUAAUCGAGCCACUAUGGAAGUUUUGUUUGUAUUCUUAAGAUGGGUUGCAUCCUUUUCUCAUGUUACAGGUGAUGUUGGUAGUCGUAUGGAUAUUCCAAAUUUAGCACGAGUUAUUGCACCUAAUAUUUUAACAGCUAACUCAAAAGAUCCUUUAAAGGAUGACUCAUUUGCAGCAAUUCGAGUUAUUGAAGUUUUAUUAGAAUCUUAUGAAGAAUUUUGUUUAGUGCCAGAUGAUUUAGAAAUAUUUUUAGAAGAUCCCAAUUUAAACGAUGUUGAUAUGUCGCCUAAAGAAUUCUUUAAACGAGUAGAACAAACAGUGAAGCAUAAUAUGAAUACACAUAGUAGUGCAGUAUCCUCUAAAUCUAUGACAGAUGGUCGUCAUCAUCCACCUACCUCUAUCUAUGCACAACCUCAGUUUUUACCUUAUACCAAUAAACAUCCAAAUUCAGAUUAUGUGCCUAAACAAUUAAAUAUGAGAUAUCAUCAACCUGGAGGAUCCAUGCCUUCACCGCCACGACGUAUGGAGAGUCAUGAAUCUUUUACAUCUAUUCAUUCUUCUCCUCUACAGAAAGACUCUCAUCCAACAUCCUUAUAUCGUUAUCCACAUUACCAGCAACAACAACAACAGCAAUCAUCACCUUUAAAUCCCACGCCUAACUCUACUACUUCAGCUGUUGCUAAUGCUAUUUCUACUCCUACACUAUAGAAAGAGCGAUUUUCUCAUUCUACAAUAUCCAUAUCCAUAUCCAUAUCCAUAUAUAUAUAUGUAUAUAUACACAUAUAUAUAUUUAUAUAUAAUACGGUCAUUUUCAACUCUUUCUCUUUCUCUCUC